UCCAACAAGAUCAGAUCUUCAUGAUUCACUCCCAUAUCUCCUCUCAUCAUCCUCUGUAUUUGUCCCAACUUUUCUGAUCCGUCUUCCCACCGGCAUAUCUUUGCUCUUCAUAUUCUCCACUACUAGCUUCUAUAUAUAUUGGCCGCAAUUCUCUCCAAUAGUCCAAUCCCACAAUUGAUCUUCAAUUUCUUCUCCUGCUUGAUCCUUCUAUUCCAAUUUUUUCGAUAAAAAAAUGACCCCUGCAGAUUGUCAAAAGUUCCACGUUCUGGCCGUCGACGACAGCAUAGUCGACCGGAAACUGAUAGAGAGGGUCCUAAAGGCCUGCUCCGGCGACGAAGACGUGAAAGUGACGGUGGUGGAUUCCGGGGCGAAGGCUCUCCGGGUGUUGAACGAAGUCGGGGCGGAUCUGAUCAUCUCCGAUUACAGCAUGCCCGGAAUGACCGGCUACGAUCUGCUGAGGGAGAUCAAGGGCUGCCCGGCUUUCAAACACAUCCCCGUCGUGAUUGUGUCGUCCGAGGAUGUUCCUUCCCGGAUCAACAACUGCCUGUCGGAGGGCGCGGAGGAGUUCUGCCUGAAACCGGUCCGGCUGUCGGACGUGAAACCGCAUCUGCAGAACGCCUGCAAAGGAAGGGCGUCUAAGGGAUUGACUUCUUCACUUUGUGGGAUUGUUUGAUUCGUCCAUUUUUGAGGAUUUUGAAGAAGUAGUGUGUUAAUACUGAUUGAUUGAGAACCGUUUUGCAAGUGCCGCUAAGACAGACAUAUUCUGCUCCAUCCUCUAAAUUAGUUGUAUGAUACGAAUAAGGUUAAUUUUAUGUAUUUAGAAUCUGUUCUCAAAACUUCUACGGAGUAAUGAAUUGCAAAAGGCUGACUUAGACUAUUGAAAGCUCUACACUUGAAGUUUGAAGCUUGAGGAAGAGUUAAUUCAUCUGGUUAGUAAUCGAGAAGGGAAGGAGUAAAAGCUAAUGAAAUUCCUUUUCAUCAUUGUAAUUUUAAAGAAAAAAUCAGUUCAAAUAAAGGGUUGAUAGUCAAUCUCUUGUGAAUUUAAAUAAGUUCUAUCAAUUCUAUAUGAAUCGAGCUUGGCUUGAAAAUUGACUUGACUCGUGUAUAAAAAAAAACGAUUCAGGCUUCAAAAGCCAUUGACAAGCCGAGUUGACUCAACUGGAUAUGGCUCCACUUUUGCCA